AUGACGCCGUCCUACCAUGCCGGCUCAAUUCACGUAAGCAAAUGCACGGGAGUGAAGGCUAAACCUGACCUCCCGUUCAAAUGCAAUGAGUGCCCCAACCUCUCCUUCGGGAGUAAGAGGGGAUUAACUCAACACCAAAGGCACCGGCACCCGUCAACACUCAAUGCAGGGAGGUUGGAGCAAGAAGAGAGGAAGCGUGCAAGAAGCUCAGGCGGAAGAGUGUGGAGCACCGCUGAGGAGCUCCUGUUCUGGACGCUAGAGAAGAAGCACCACUGGGACAGGAGGACUUUACUAGGACGCCUGAAGGAAGUCUUUCCGGAUAAAACGGAACGACAAAUAGUGGACAAGCGGAAGGCCUUGCGAGAGAAAAAUCGAGAGGGGACGCUUUCAGCAUCCCUUCCGAAUAUUCUAGCGAGUCAGGAACCGAUUGCGAACGGUACCCCACCAGCCGCCUCAACCGAGGAACUGGACGUCCCUACAACACUAGGAGACACGGAUACAUUCCUUAGGGAAGUGUCCGAGAACACCGUUACUCACAAAGGGACGUGCGCCCACAUAGGAGCUGACCGGUUUGGACGACGAGAUUGGAAGUGGGUGGUCAAAGAUACCAGAUCCCUCGUAGCACGGAUGCUGCUACUCCAGCCACCUAAGAAACCAGGAAGGAGCAGGCCACCGGGUUUAAAGGUAAAAGGGAGGGCCAACAAUAAGCAUAGCAGUCGUAGAGCCGAAAGGUUCCGCGGCUUUCAACAGCUAUUCAACGGCAAGAGUAGCAGCGUCUGUGUUGGAUGGAGUCACAACCACAGACUUGCUGCCUGA